AUGGCUGUUCUUCCUCUGGUUUUCUUGUGCAUCCUCGCGCUGGUUCUCCCAGGUGAGUCUGUGCUGUCGGUGGUGGGCGUCACGUUCCACGUAAACAACAAGUGCCCCUUCCCGGUGUGGCCGGCGGCGGCGCCGAACGCCGGCCACCCCGUGGUCGCCGACGGCGGCUUCUUCCUCCCGCCCGGCCAGUCGAAGCGCGUCAGUGCGCCGGCCACCUGGAACGGCCGCAUCUGGGGCCGCACCGGCUGCGACUUCGCGGGCGCCAACGGCGGAUGCCUGACCGGCGACUGCGGCGGACGUCUCGCCUGCAACGGGUCCAUCGGCGCCCCGCCCGCCACGCUCGUGGAGGUGAACCUGCACGAGGACCCGAGCAAGGGGAGCUCCUACGACGUGAGCGUGGUGGACGGGUACAACCUCCCGGUGGCCGUGUGGACCAGGCCGGCGAACCGCAGCAGCAAGUGCUUCAUCGCCGGGUGCGCCAAGGACAUGAACGCGCUGUGCCCGCCGGAGCUGCAGGUGAGGAGCGGCGGGAGCGGGAAGGGCAAGACGACGGUGGUGGCGUGCAGGAGCGCGUGCCUGGCGUUCGGACUGGACGCCUUCUGCUGCCGCGGCGCGUACGGCACGGCGGAGACGUGCCGGGGCAGCGUCUACUCGCGCCUCUUCAGGGACGCCUGCCCUGGCUACUACAGCUACGCGUACGACCAGGCCGCCGCCGCGGCGCGCUGCUACGCUCCGGAAUACGUGGUCACCUUCUGCCCGUCCAAAUGGGGCGCCGCGCCUGAUCGUGUGGCCCAGCUUUGA